AAAUCACUCGAACUUCCUGCUGCAUCGCCUUCAUCCUUUAUUUGAGCCUUUCGAACCCAAUCUUCGUGAACUCUGACAGCUACUCCUACGGCGCGAAAAUGCCUGCUAAUGCAGAAGCACGACGUGAACGACUGCUCCGCCUCUCCACAGCGCAAGAGCAGGCUUCGGGAACGGCUCUAAAUCAGGCGCAGACGCAGACGCAAACUCAAGAGCAGGCUGGGCAGAAUGAUCAAGCCCACAACCAGCCUGCCAUUAUUCUCUAUUACGAGCGUGGCGAGGGCAGUGGUAAUGUGUUUCGUUUUCGCAUUGGCCCUGAUUACUACUGGAUCGCUGGCAGUGGCCUUGGGGGUAGCUUGACCGCAGACGAAGAGGAACAUUUCUAUCGAGUGAUGGAAGCUAUUGGGGUAGAAAGAGUUUGAUAGGAGAGGGGAGUUGACCCAGUUGGCCGAUGGUGGAAUACCUAUUGAGUGGUCUUGAGGAGACCUUUGGACAUCUUCCAUAGGCUCAAUCUAUGCUAGGCGACAAUAUAUUCUAGCUCGUUUAUG